AUGCAUUACGGAACUACCUGGGUUUAUAUUGCUCUCUAGAUUUGCGUAAGAAAUGACGAAGUUAUCGGGGUAUAUAAACAGGAUCUUAGCAAUGUUACAAUCAUUAAUGCAGUGAUCUUGAGGAAAAUGAAGUUUGUAACUACCAUCAUCUAUUUCUGGUUCUCCGUGUGGCGCGUUUCUCCGUUCUCAACAACGGAUAAAAAGAUCCCAAAACAUGAACUGACAGACAUUAAAAACAGACUGGGGUCUCUGGAACAAAUGGUGGGACAGCUGAUUAUGCAAAAUUCUUCUCAAGAUGUUUUUAAAUUAUCCGAAUCUGCACGUCGAGAGGAACACGUGGCUUUCUCGGCGUACAAGAAUCAAACACAGACCGGACUCAACAAAAAACACAUUAUCAAGUUUGAGGGCACAGUACUGAACCUGGGCCACCACUACCACCCAGAGGACGGUAUUUUCGUUGCCCCGGUGUCGGGCGUCUAUCUGUUUCACUGGACUAUCAAUAACGAUGGCGAUUUUGCGUAUACAAACAUUUUGGUAGGUGGUAAAGUUAUUUCUACCACUACCACGUCUGUAGUUUCUGGACAUUAUAAUUCUGGAUCCGCCAUGGUGAUUGUUACCGUGCAGAAGGAUGAACAUGUCUGGAUACAGACCUGCUGCGGUUCUUCUAAUGAGGUGUACGGAAACACACUGGGUCUAGAAAACUCUUUCCAGUCCACGUUUUCGGGAACCUUACUUUUUUCAGUUGUAUAAAAUACAUGAUCCUACAGAGAACGCACUAAAAUGGCGACCGUUUUCAGCAUUAAAGUAGAGUAGAGAGAUAUUACACAGUUGGUUUGAAUUGGUGCCCGCUAUUUCACGUAAAAAUGAAGUGCUUUAACUAUACAAACAUAUGAAUUUAUUUUUAUUUUUACAGCACUUGGAAGAGUGUUUCAAAAAACACCUAUAACAGCU